AAUGUGACUCUUACUCUUUGGUGUGAUUUACUGGAAAACGAGUUUCUACUGAGAUGACCUGAUUAGAUGAGACGAGAUGAUAUUUCAAACAAAAGAUGUUGCAGAUUAAUGUGGAGUGAAGUCAUUGUAAUAUAUGAUGCAUUAAAAAUCAAAGUGCAUCUGAUAAGCAUGCUUUUUCCCCCUGAAUCUUGGAGGGGGAAACGUGCUGUAGUAAGAGUGGCUGGCUUUAUGAAUCAUCCUCAGAGGUGGGAGGGGCCCUUCUGGUAAAAUAUCCCUGUGCACAGCGCGUCACCACAGACAUCAGCAGCAGGUCGAAGCUGUCUUUUCUUUUUUUUUGCUUUUGGUUUUUUGCAAGAAAAUAACAAAAGAGCAACAUCAGGCUUCAUGUGUUUAGCCGUGCAGCCCGUGUAGCAGCUCAGCCUCCACCCCUCUGUCAUUUAUUUUUAUGUUUUUCAGCGUCACAUCCCCCUGGCCGGAGGAAUGUAGAGACGGAGUGCUUUAAAAAUAGCAUCCUCUCCUCUGACAGCGCUGCUCCGCCGGCUCCGCAGCACUGUGGUGCGAGAAGCAGGAAUGCGAAGAUGGCUACAGACCUAGGAGAGCUGCUGGUCCCUUACAUGCCCACCAUAAGAGUCCCCAGGACGGGAGACAGGGUUUUCAAAAGCGAGUGCGUCUUCUCCUUCGACUCUCCAGAGUCUGAGGGAGGCCUGUAUGUGUGUAUGAACACAUUCCUGGGCUUCGGACGAGAACAUGUGGAGCGGCAUUAUCGCAAAACAGGACAGAGUGUUUACAUGCAUCUCAAACGACAUGUCAAAGAAAAAGCCACAGGAGCUGCAGGAGGUGCCAUCCCCAGACGGAGAAACGGAAAAGUGUUCCUAGAUUUAGAGCUAAACCGCGACUUUAACGGAGAGGACUAUGAAUAUGAGGAUGAGGCCAAGCUCGUCAUUUUUCCAGACCACUUCGAGAUCCCCUUACCAAAUAUUGAGGAGUUGCCCGCUCUGGUGACCAUCGCCUGUGAUGCCGUGCUCAAUGCACCAUCAGCUUACAAGAAGCAGGAGCCUGAGUCCUGGGAGGAGGAGAUCCAGGUGUCCAGACAUGCCAGGAGCCUCAGACAGCUGGAUAACGGGGUCAGGAUCCCACCCAGCGGCUGGAAGUGUCAGAAGUGCGAGAUGAGAGAAAACCUGUGGCUGAACCUGACAGAUGGAGCGGUGCUCUGCGGGAAGUGGUUCUUUGAUGGGAGCGGAGGCAAUGGCCACGCUCUGGAGCACUACAGAGAGACCAACUACCCGCUGGCUGUCAAACUGGACACCAUAACCCCAGAUGGAGCAGACGUCUAUUCAUUUGAGGAAGAAGAAGCUGUGUUGGACCCCCACAUAUCAGAACACUUGUCACACUUUGGAAUAGACAUGCUACAGAUGCAGAAAAGAACAGAGAAUGGCCACCACACAGACAAUAACGCCCGGCCGCGGGUCAGCGAAUGGGAGGUGAUCCAGGAGUCGGGCAUGAAGCUGAAGGCGGUGUAUGGUUCUGGUUACACGGGCAUCAAAAACCUGGGCAACAGCUGCUACCUCGGCACAGUAAUGCAGGUCCUCUUCAGCAUCCCAGACUUCCAGAGGAUGUAUGUGGGCAAUCUUCAGAGGAUAUUUGACUAUUCACCCCUGGACCCCUCCCAGGACUUUGCCACACAAAUGGCUAAACUGGGACACGGGCUGCUCUCAGGCCAGUACUCCAAACCACCCAUGAAAUCUGAGCUCAUUGAACAGGUGAUGAAAGAAGAAUACAAGGUAUUAAACUGGCACCAGCAGAAGGGCGUCUCUCCCCGGAUGUUGAAGUCCCUGGUCAGCAGGGGACACCCAGAGUUUUCCUCCAACAGACAACAAGACGCCCAGGAGUUCUUCCUGCACAUCAUCAACCUGGUGGAGAGGAACAGCGCAGGCUCAGAGAAUCCAAGUGAUGCCUUCCGCUUCCUGGUGGAGGAGCGAAUUCAGUGCUGCCAGACACGUCGGGUUCGUUACACUCAGCGGGUGGACUACUGCAUCCAGUUGCCAGCCCCCAUCGAGGCUGCCACCAAUCGAGAGGAGCUGCUGGCUUACGAGGCCAAACGGAAGGACGCUGAGGAGAACAUGAGAGCUCCUCCAGAACCGGUGAGAGCGAGGAUCCCCUUCACCGCCUGCCUGCAGGCCUUUACAGAGCCGGAGAACGUCCCCGACUUCUGGAGCUCAGCGCUGCAGGCCAAAUCAGCCGGAGUCAAAACUUCCCGUUUCGCUUCCUUCCCAGAGUAUCUGGUUGUUCAGAUCAAGAAAUUCACAUUUGGGGUUGACUGGGUGCCGAAGAAACUAGAUUUGGCCAUAGAUGUUCCAGAGUUCCUAGAUCUGAACCGGCUUCGGGCAACAGGACUGCAGGCGGGUGAAGAGGAGCUGCCUGACCUCAUGCCUCCCAUAGUGCUACCUGAAGACACCAGAGAUAACUCCAUGAGCUCCAUAGACUCUCCGGAAAUAGAUGAGACGGCAGUAAUGCAGCUGGCAGAGAUGGGCUUCCCGCUGGAGGCCUGUAGAAAGGCGGUCUACUACACAGGCAACAUGGGCCCCGAGAUGGCCUUCAACUGGAUCAUAGCCCACAUGGAGGAGCCUGACUUUGCAGAACCUCUCACUCUGCCAUCCAUGAUAGAUCCUGGUCCCUCCACCAGUGACAGCCCCAUGGGUGCCACCCCGCUGAGCAACUCGCCCCCCGAGGAGAGCAUUGCCAUCCUCACUUCAAUGGGCUUCCCCCGCACUCACAGUAUCCAGGCCCUCAAAGCCACGAACAAUAACCUUGAACGAGCACUCGACUGGAUCUUCACCCACCCAGAGGAGGAGGAGACUGACGCUCUUUCAGACAUGGCGGACACAGAGCCCAACGACAAUGCUUUCUCCAACGCCAACUCACACAGCGACUCCACACUGUCCCCAGAAAGAGACACGUCGGGGCCGCGGGUCAAAGACGGACCAGGACGUUAUGAGCUCUUUGCCCUAAUCAGUCACAUGGGAGCAUCCACAAUGUCUGGACAUUAUGUCUGUCACAUCAAAAAGGAGGGCAGGUGGGUGAUCUACAAUGACCACAAAGUGUGUUUGUCAGAAAGGCCUCCAAAAGACUUGGGCUACAUCUACUUUUACCAUCGACUGUCGAGCAGUUAAAGUUACUGCCCCCCCCCCCCUCCUCGCCAUGCAACCUUUUAAAGAACCGCAGUCUUUCACCCAGAAGACUGGCAGACAACUGUAGUAACAGCCACAGUGGAAACGAUGGAAAUAAGCUCUCAGACCAGCUGCUUGCCUUACCGUGAUGUCAUUCAGGAGCAACCAGGAACACUGGUCAGAAAGGGAAAGCAAUGUGCUUUUUUGUGCAUUUGUGUUAUGUUUUGCUUUAAAUGUAUAUUUCAGUGUUUAUGUUUAAAAAAAAAAAAAGACAUUUUCUCUACAGUGUAGGUACAGAGGGAUGUGUGCAAUUUCCACUUCUGGAGUGCUCUGUCCACAAAAUAAUGUCACAUAUCAAAUUUCAUUGUUCCCUCUCUAUGCCUUCAGUUACUGUGCCAGGAUUUUCAAAGUGGUACAUUUUAUAAAUGUGUAUUGAAAUGUCCGUGAAGCUCUGCCAGUGCUUCACUGCCAAACGAGAAACUACUGUGCUGCUGGUGGCUUUGCAUUUUCUUUGAAAUAUGAAAGAAUGUUUUCUUCAUCCCCAGGAAAUUGAAAUAAUAUGAUAAUAUAUGCAAGUUUCAGACUAAAGGAAAGCACCAAGAAGGCCAUGAAGAGGUGUUAACUAGACCAUAAUUGUAAAUGUACAGUACAGGCAGUAAUGGCUCAAUCCUGACUCAGUUUUACCUGGAGAUGACAUGCAAGUUUGUCACUUUUAAUGAGAAACUUUCUGCACUGGCUGACUUAUCAAGAUAGAAGUAUUUUUCCUUCCCUGAAAGCACUUUUUGACAAAAAUUAAUUAUUAUAUUUUGCACCUGUCGCAGUAGAAGUGGACUUCUAUCCACUAGAUACAAGCAAUUGAAUGUGAUAUUUAAAAUUUUCAACUUACUGCUGAACCUGUUACCCCUUGAAGUGGCCAUCAGUCUAUAAAGAGAUUACAGUUUUGCAUAAAAUCAUUGCCCGACAUAAGCAAAGCUGUGCUUAUAUUAAGAUGGCUAUCAAAUAAUCAUGUAAGUGAUAUAGAAGUCCUUGGUAAUGUAGUGAACAUCUUUCAUCACCUAAAUUGCAAAUAUUUGCAUAGUAGGCAC